CGUGUGUGCCGUGCGUUUUAAAUCGCGUUCAAAUCUUCCGACCGACGGUUUGCGUGCCAGUUGUUCGCCGCCCGCUUGGCCGUGUGUAGGGUAGCACCAGCAGCACAGUAGUGCAGUGUGUAUUCUGUGCUUUUCGCGAUCGCGCAAUCAUUUCGCACAGCAAAGGACGCAUUUUCCGCGCAAAAGGCGAUAAAGAUAAAGGCGCGUGUUGCGUUCGCGACAGUUUUUGUUGUUGUUGUUCGCUGUGUUGUUGGUAUCCACAGCGGAGUUCAACACACUUUUAUCGGCCACCCCCGGUUCGAAAGGUGAUGUAAUUGUGGUUUAAAGUAUGUUUUUUGUUUGUUUCUCGUAAGGAAAAGGCAAUGCAAAAAUUGCAGUGCGUGUAUAAGUGAGUGUAACAAAAAAAAAAAUUAAAUCGUGUAUAAACAACAGCCUCACUACAAGAAAAUUGAAAUAGCAGUAGUAGGCUGCGUGUAGUCUGCUUCGUGAAGUGUAACGACCUGAUACAAAGUUUGGUGUUUAAAGCAAUUAAAGUAAAACGGUGACAAAAUUAGCCGAUUUGCAGUGUGUUUUUUUUCGGUAUCCUGUGGGAUCAGGUGUGUAAGUGGAGAAAAUCCUUGUGACCAACGGAAUUAAAUCGCGAGUGACCAAAACAAAGUGAGCAAGCAGGCAAGGUAGAACGGAUCCUGCUUCCCGGGCAGUACGCACGGUACGCCUGUUGCUUGGAAACGAAAAAAGGCAAUCGGUGCAUUUAAAGCUAACCUGUGUGUUUGUGUGUGUCAUUGUUUGCGUUUUGUGAGCAUAUGGUUUUGUAUGCGUGAGUGUGGGUUUAACGAGAGGGGGUUUUCUGUUUGUUGGUGUCCAGUAAUCUAGUAAGUUCCGCACGCGACAAACCCCGUCACAGAUGCUGCAACAUCACGCCACGUGCUAAUGUAAUCCUGUGAGUGUAUUUGUGUGUGUGUGAGCGUGCGAGCGACGGGUUUGCGUAUCGCCGCUCCGCGCCCGCCUCUCUCUGUGUGUGUGUGUGCUAUCCGUGCAAUGUGGUGCGGCAGGUGCACCAGCGCGAUUUCCCAGCCGAACGAAGAUCGCGGACGCAUUCCGGCGUCACCAGUGGCUGCAACGUUGCAUUCCUCGCCUGCGGUCCUAUGCAACGGCCUGACGGAUGCAACCUGCGCGCCCCACCAUCCAGUAUUGCACUAUUGAAGAAACAAACACAAAACCCACAAGAAAAAAAGUACAAUGAGGCCAAAUAAAUACGAUGGUAUCACAGCUAACCGUCUAUGCCAAGAUUUUGUGCCUCCUGAUGACAUUAUUCAGUGCAGGAGCAGCAACCAGGAACGACUACUCUCUGCAAUCAGCGUGCAGUUUAAAGUUUCUACGUGCCAAAAACGGUACCGUGUUUGCCGACGACAACGUGGAGAAUGGUCAACCACAGGUUUUCAGUCUCAAUGCCACGAGAACACGCGACAAUCGGGUUGCCAUAACGAUAUACUCCAAAGAGACAGAUUCGUAUAUCUGCUUCGACAAAAACUGGCGCACCAAGACCAUGCGCGGAAAAGCCAACAUGUCCAAACGACGGUGCAUGUUUUUCGAAAACAUCGAUGCAACGGGCGCUUUCCGCUACCAGUCGGUGGCCAACCAGAACCGAUUCUUAGGCUUCCUCAAGAAGAACGGUAAGCCCGUCGGUGGAUUGCGGGCCGGCGGAGGAGGAGGAGGAGGCCAAGCAGCCAAGGUGGUGGGUCCCGGUGGUGUUGUUGCCGGCCGGAAACGCCAUAUGGACGUGUGUUACAACUUUAGCCCAGUGACACCGGAAGCGUUUAACGACGUGCAGCAGCAACACGCUUACAGCCAACCGCAGCAAAGGCAGGAGGCUAAAGUGGCGCGUCCUCAGCAACAGUCCAACCAGCUGCAGCCACGACAGCGUCACCAUCGGCAGCAGGCCCAACGGAAGGAUGUGUCUGCCGGGGAAGGUAAUGCGCUGCUAGCGUCCAGCUAUGCCGGCGGUACGUCAGAACAGCGCCAGUCGUCACCGCCCCAUCGGCACCGGCACAAACAUGGCGCCGGCGGUCGGCAGGGCAAGUUGCAGCAAGGACACCCGAAUCUCGAUAGCGGUUUCACCGGAGCGACAGCAUCGCCGGCCCUACCGCCAGCUACCCUGUCCUCCCUGUACGGCAGCGCGUACGGUAAGGGAACGCAUCACCGGCGCACCCAGCUUAACUCUCCCGUAUCCGGGGACGACGCUUCCAUGCUACCCGCCGCACUGUCCGCCCUCGUCACGAAGCUGCCGCCAAAGUCCUCCGCUCAUGCGGGUCAUCUCGGUUCGGCGCUUGGGUUGCUGGACGGUGCUGCCGUCGGUGGUACGGUGCCCGGCACCAUCUACCGGAAGGAACGUCCUGCCCUGGAACCAACGAAUGGUGGUCGCGUUAGUAGUGGCCACGUUGGCGGUAAUAGCAAGAAGAAGUCGCCCAACAGCAGCAACAACAACGGAACGAGCGGGAGAAAUGCUUCCAGUAAAGUAAGCACGAUGCGAGGGAGGGACAAACGGGCUUCGGGUUGACAGUCGACAGUCAUCACCACCAAUGUAACCACCACCACCACCACCAACCAACUCCACCCAACUCCAACCACCACCACCACCACCACCACUACCCUCUACUAUCUAUUUCUCAAUUGUGUAGUUUACGCUCGCGCAGACAACAGGGGCUUAUCGUUGAGGUUAAAGGUUGUUGUAACAGAGCCGAAGAAGCUUAAGCAGCACGGCAAGGCUAUAGAGUGCAUACGAAUUUCUACGAACGACAGAGGACGAAUGGACCGAAAAAAGGGCCGCAUGUAAGUCAACGUGAGCGUUUCCGCCCGGGGGAAGUGUAAAGCGAGUGCGAGGUUAGCUUAUUACUAUAUUAUAUUAUAUUAUUAAUAUUAUUAUUAUGAUUAUUAAUAUUAUUAUUAUUAUAACUCUUACGUCAAGUAUGCUUAGGUAUGAUAAUAUAUAUAUAUAUGAAAAUCUGUAUACAUAUACACAUGCAUGUAAUAUUAUAGUUGUGACGUUCCGGGGUGUAAGCCUUCCUCCUUUAGUGUGUAUGAGAGUGCGUGUGCGUGCACGCGUGCGCCUGUGUGUGUAAAUGUAUCAUUUAGGACCCAUUUUUUGUUUGUUUUUUGAAAGUGGUUUUUUCUUUAUAUGUAGAGCUGACGAGCGCAAUGACAACAGUACUAGGAGGAAAAGGGAAACGAGCGAGCUGGAGUAAAGGGAAAAAAGGGGGGAAAAAAACACACAUACUAAAUCAACCACACACCACCACCCGUAAUGUAGUAAUGGUAGUAGGAUCGACGGCAGCAACAACAGGAACCGCAAAAGCACACACGCAAAAUGGGAAAAAGAAACAAAACAGGACAAUAGUGAGCGUUCUACUAAGAGCAAACAGUAUGCAAAGAAGUAAAUAGCCGUUCGAACACAUUUUGCGACACAGUUAAAAAAAAUGAAAUAGUAACGCCGUUCAGGACAGUGCGAAAUGGCAAGACAAAAUGAGGUUUAGCAACAGUAAUUAAUAUGCGGUGGUAGUAGUGGUAGUAGUAGUAGUAGCAGUAGCAGUAGUAGUAGCAGCAGUAGUAGACAGCUACAACGCUGAAAAGCGGACGUGCGGGCGAGCGCGCUUAGACGAAUUUGAUUACAAGCGGACGUAACCAAGCAAACAAAGCAAACAAAAAUCACAAACAAACAAACCAAGCACGCAAGAAUGAUAAGGAGUUCAUGAAAAAUAACAACAACAAAAUUGUGCCUUUUCUUGGUCCUUUCCACGAGCCUUUCAAUAAGCAGCAGCAGCAGCAGCAGCAGCCAAUUUCAAGCAAAACGUUCUUACAAAAAACAUACACUCAAAACUCAAAUAUUCAUGAUAAUAAUUAAAGCGAAAAGCGUACAGUAGUAGUGAGCACAGAUGGCGCGAUUUAUUAGUGGAGGUGCGCAUCGGAAACGCAUAUGAUAGAGGCGCUUCUACCGCGACCGACGACACUCUGAGCUGACAGGCUGACUCUUACUCAGACUUUGUCCUGAUCAUGGCGAUCGAGAUCCUCAAAAGCCGUGCUUGUAGGCGUUCACAUGUUUAAAACAAUAUCCCAAACACCCGUGGAUAAGUUCCGAAGAAAUAACCAACUUCCGGGAUCUUUUGGCAGUAGCAUUAGAUUAUUCCAAAAUGCUUCUUUCUAUUCUUGAGAAUUAUAGCACUAUCACUAUCACAGUAAUGUCAGGCCACUAUCAAGAGUUUGCUUGAGGUCUGCCAUGACUGGUUUCCUUGACUUCGCAUACCCGUGGCAAACAGCUCUUUUUGCUCAAAUUCGGUGUUGAGACCUCGUACCGGAUGAUUGGGGUUCUAGACAAGCUCACCAAGUUGCUAGGACUCCCCAGACAUGAGGAGCACUUUGAUUGAUUCUUGUAGCGAGAUCUUAAAUUGUUGGAAUGUUGAUAGGGAAAUUGCUGUUUUGAUCGUAGUAUCCAUAGCACGGGAAUGUCUUUGAGUUGCCUACAGACAGUUAACAGCAGUUCGGUUGCUUGGAUUCAAGGCGAAUCAGUGACAACAUCCGGUACAAUUCCAACAACUCUCUAGCUUGCUAAGAUUGAUUUUGUUUUAAACAUGUGGACAGUUGUUUCAUUCACGGGAGAUUGCCGAGGAGGGGAAAGGUAGUGAGAGAGUGUCACGCACAGCUAGAGUCGGUCAGACGCGCAUAUUCAGGCUCCAGUAGGUUAGGCGAGAUUGUAAUCGAUUUGACGUGCGACCGUGAUGUCUACAGUAUAUCAGUAUUACCUUAUAACCAGCAUAUAUGUUACACACACACACAUACACAAAGACACCCCAAUACUUCACAACCUCAAACAGAGCUCUGGAGUGGAUAGAUCCGUCUUAUACUUAGUGCCAGCCAAUCCGACCGCCAUUGCCGCCGGAAAUCCGGGCCGCUAACCUUUCUUUUGCGUAUUGUUUGCCCUCAAAAUUUGCCCCCCACACACACACACACACAAACACACACAAACACUGGGAAAACUUUUAGUAGAGCCACUAAAACCCAACCUCACUCUCCGCAGUACUUUGCCGUGUGUCCUUAGCGAGUGUUGUCAUUUCGAAUAUUACGCGCGUGUGUGUGUGUGUGUGUGUGUGUGUGUGUGUGAGUGCCUCUAGUUUCUUGUGGAUUUUAUUUGAAGUAUUGUUAGUGGAGCCGCGCAGUCGAACGCAGUGUUUAGGUGUAUGUGUAGCAAUGAGGAAAAGGAUAAGCACACACGCACACACACACACAUCUCUACUGUAGAUGUGUUGUGUGUUGUAACAACUCGCGUGUGUUUUGUGGCUGUGUGUAUGUGUGCAGCACAGCAGCAUCAGGAACCUGUUGUUUCCGAAUCGCUUCCUGAGAGUAGAGCAGAUUCAAUGGAGAUGCAAGGAUGUACUACUACUUUAUUAGUACCACACACCUACACACACACCCACACACACACACACUAGUACAGCAGGCAGCUGUAGGUAAAAGAAGCGGGGAAAAUAUGGAAUGUCGAGAAAUUGAACCUCUCCAGUAUUUAUGGUCAAGCUAGAACAUGUAAGUUUAACGCGUUUCGCGCAUUCGAAGAUGGGAAGAACCGAAAUAAUAUAUAUAUAUACAUAGGGAGAGAAAAAAAAACCCAGAAAACCGGAAUGUGGAAGCGUAACGAUUCUCAAGCGAGAUAGAAUAAAAGCAAACAAGACAAACACAAUAGAAAGGCAAUAGAAAUGGAAAAAAAGUAGGGAAAGGGAAAAUGGAAUGCAACAACUAUACAAAUCAAUUGGCAAAAAGUAAACAACAAAACCAACACAAAACACAGGAAAACAAGACAAAAAAAUGAUGAAGAAAAAAGAUAAAACAAUUGAAGCAUGUAGCAACAUCUAGAAUAUUUGAUUAUACUUUGGUAAAUUUGAAACAAAAAACGGUUAAAUUAUGUGGUUAAACAAGGCAACCUACAACCUAUCUUUACACACCACACUUGCCACAUCAACACACACCCACGUUAUACACGAUACACCGUAAUACACCUACCUUUUACUCAUGAUACCCACCCACCCAAGAAAUUAAGCAACAAAACUAUAUUAAAAAAAACAAUACGGUAAACGGCCGUCUUUGCCGUGCCCGCGCAUUAUUUGCAAAAACCAGCAAAAAGCAUUAAAAAACGAAACAAAGAGGAAGAAAAUUGCUAGAAAAAAAAAACAUGCAAAAGUAUAAUGGAAACCGAUUUAAAGCUAUUAUAAAACAGAAACCACUCUAUGUAUUAGUAAACACUUACACAACAAAAGCAAAGCAAACCCAUAAAAGCGAUACACAUUAAACACAAAACUAUGCAAAGAAAGCAAAAGAAGAAGGAAAAUCAAUCUCAUAUGAAACAAGUGGCUAAUCCCGACUUCAAACCACCAUCACCAACACCACCAAAAACCAACUACAGGACAGGAAGAGGCGUUGGGCAAAGGAUAGGCCAACGUGCACACGACGCUCAUAGUCAACGUCAAUAUUAACGCAGGGUCGCUGUUCAAGAAUCUCGAAAUUAAUGUAACCUUCCAGGAAUAUUAAGCAAAGCCGCCACGGAAUGAAGCAAGUUAAGGUUCAAACUACGCCUAGGUAAAGCACUAUUGCAAUACUUAAAGUUUGGUGGUGUACGGGACAAACAUGCGAACGAGAAGAAGAAAAAACAAAUUACAAACACACACACACAUACAAAUUACAGCCAUACCGAGACAGAACACUUGAGAAACGCUUACGCUAUUAAUUAAAGAUGAAACAAUAAAACGCCAACGUUAAUGAACAUUCCAUUAUAA